UCUGAUCAGGGAGCUAGGCCUCAGCAAAGAAAACAAUGGCAACAGAAUGAUGAAUCUGACUACGAGGAGGGUAAUGACAAGUGCUAUAAUUGCGGUAGGAGAGGGCAUUUUGCGAGAGCGUGUACAGGUCCUCGCAGACAGAAGAAACGACCGCAACAACGAAGGUGCUAGAGCACGUAGGGGAAGAUAAGAUGGUAACAGAACUGAUGGGAGUCGCCCAUACAAACCAUGAGACGAUAAACAGCAGAAAAAAAAACUGUGUCACUAGAAAGAAUCAACACUGUAAAUUGCCAGCCCCAACAACUAUGAAACAACUAAUGUCCUUCCUUGGAACAUUUAGUUAUUGCAGACAAUGGAUUCCAAAUUACUCCAAAUUAUCUAGACCGUUAUAUUCUUUACUUUCAGGUCCAAUGAGUUCUGCACCAGCUACUAAAAUCACAUUACAAUCUGAUCAUUUAAGGUGCAUGGCUCCAUUGAAAACAGCACUACAAUCCGUAGUCUCUCUAAAAUUACCUGACUAUAGCAAACCCUUUAGCCUUUACUGUGAUUCAAAAGAUGGACACGACUUCUGUGUUGACUCAAAAACACGGCCCAUCACAACGACCAUUGUGCUAUUACUCCAAACGGCUAGAUAAUGUGGCUGCAGGCUGGCCACCGUGUGUACAAGCUGUUGUUGCAGCUGCAGAAGCAGUGAUAGCUUGUGCUGACCUUGUACUUUAUCACCUUCUCACACUUCAUGUACCACAUGCAGUCUCAGUACUGCUGAAUCAGAACCGUACACUGCAUGACUACAUUACUUUCACAGCCUCAUUUGACUGUUAUUAGAUGUACAACUUUGAAUCCUGCUACACUUUUGCCUACAUCACAAGAUGAUGAACCACAUAACUUUCUAGACUGUUCUUUGACUACUUAUUCACCCAGACCAGACCUGUCAGAUCAACCAGUUCCUGAUUCACUUUGGUUGUUUACUGAUGGUUCAUCUGUGAAAGACACUUUUGGUGUCACCUGUACUACAUAUGCUGUGACAACUCUUACUUCAGUGUUGCUCUCAGACACACUUCCAUCUUCUUAUUCUGCUCAAGCAGCAGAACUAAAAGCUAUGUACAUGGCGUUCCACUAUGCUUCCGGUUUUCCAGUCACAAUUUACACUGAUAGUAAAUAUGUUUUUAAUGCUUGCCGCACACACACAGCUAUGUGGCAUCUUUGUGAUUUCUCCACAUCAUCUGGCAGUCCAGUAAAGCAUGCUCAUCUUUUGAAAGACUUAUGCCAUGCUCUCUCUCUUCCUUCAGCUUUAGCUAUUGUACAUUGCCCGGCACACACCGUUAAAACUGAUCUUGUGUCCCUGGGCAAUGCCUUAGCAGACUGUACUGCUAGAGCUAUAGCUACUGGACAGCAUGUGACUGAUGUGGCUCUUAAUCUAUUGUCGACACAUCAGGUUGACAAUAGUGUUCUUCUACAACAUCAAUCUCUUAUGCAACCUACUACUGAUAUGACUAAAUCUGAAAAUGGUAUUUUAUUUCAUACUCCAUCAGGUAAACCGGUACUGCCACCGUCCCUCUAUUCUUGGGCUGCACAUGUGUCCCAUGGGCAGUGCCAUGUGACAACAACAGGGAUGAUUGGAGUAGUACAAGUUUUUUACUGUUCAAAUUUUUCAAAAAGCUGCACAGAAGCAUGUACAACAGUGCAUAAUAUGUUUAAAACAUAAUGCUCAAGGAGCUGUAAGAACAAGACAAGGCUCAUUUCCGAUGCCUAAGAAACCAUUUAAACAUCUACACAUGGACUAUAUUGAACUAAACCAAUCACAAAAUCAACAAUAUUGUUUAGUCAUUGUCUGUGCUUUCAGUAAAUGGACUGAAAUUCAGUGCUAAUGCCAAUACUGAGUUCACAUGCAAAGUUUUGAAAACAGCGAUAUUUCCAAGAUAUGGAUUCCCAGAAAUUAUCUGCUCAGAUAAUGGGACACAUUUUACAGCAGCAUGUGUAAGAAGCCUGUUGACAGAUUAUGGUAUUACGCAUAAACUACAUGCAGCUUACCAUCCACAAAGUGCUGGAUUGGUAGAAAUAGUAGUAAUAGCAGUAGCUGAUACAGGGAAACCAUGGCCACAGUGUUUGGACAUGGUACGAUUGAUUAUAAAUACAACCAGAAGCUCAAGCACUGGGUUAACUCCAGUUGAAUGUAUCUUUCACCAACCAUUUACUUUUCUACAACUAACUGCAUCGUUACCAGAAAAUGACAAAAAUUAUGAUUUGCAAGCUUAUUUGAGAAAUGCUGCAAAAAGAAAAGAACAAAUUGAAUCUGCCAAAGCUCUCUCUAUCCCACAGAAACCUGGACAUGACCAGAAGAUCCAGGUGGGCGACCUUGUGUUCCUAAAAGCUACACAGAGAACAAAGUGGUCUGACCCACGGUGGAACGGCCCCUACAAGGUCCUUCUAACGAACCUAACCACAGUCCGAAUUGCUGAACGACCCUCCUGGAUUCACGUAAGCCACUGUAAACUGUUAAGAGCCCAAGAAGCUGAACUACGGACACACACUAAUGCUGAAGUCCGGCUACAAAGGGGAUAUACACAUUAGGUGUAUGCAGUGAACACAGCUGCCACUAUCACAGUAAUCAUCUCAACCCCGGUGAAGAAAUCAACGGGUAGAGCACCCCCUAGUGUGUAUUAUAAAUUGCUCCUUGGCAUCCCUUCCGGCAACCAGGACUGUGUGGAAUAAGAGGGACAUUAUGUUUCUUCACCUUUAUUGCAUUUAUUAUUGUGUUUCCAAUUAUGUGGUGGGAAUACCAAACAAGAAUAAACAAUGAUAACAUGAAUGGAACUGCAUCUCAUCAUCAUUAUUUUCAGAGCAACUCAUCUCAUCCACUGAGAUGAAGGAGGAGAGCUUUGCUGGACAACCCACGACCAUGAGGACAAUCAUUGGUUUUAGGUUGCUAAUUUCACAGCAGCAGCACAUACUUUAACUGAUUGUUAUGUUUGUUCUUUUGUUCCAAUCUUACUGCUUCUGUGCUACAUUUUGCUAAAUUUGUUAAAAAUGAUCCUGAAAAGCAUGCUUUAAAAACCAUGAUUAUGCAAAAUCGCAUGGCAUCAGACUUCCUUCUAGCAGAAGCAGAAGGCGUGUGUUAGGAAACUGGGGUAUGAACUAACAGCACUUUUUUACAGUCCUAUCUAACAGAGAAAGUUUCCUGACAGAUCUACAAAAAGAGAACAGUUUUGGAAUCACUUGGCCUAGAUAGCUUAAAAAAACAAGUAGUCCCACUUUACAAAAGAUCUUUCUCACCUACAUUUCGGUGCCACCUAUUGGACUAUUGUGUGCAUCACUUACUUAUGUAGAAAUUAAAUUAAAUAAAUGUUUUUGAGGCCAUUCAUUUUUAUUCUAUUAUUUCCCCACUCAGAAACCACUCAGCCUGAAAAUUGUUAACACACCAAUCAGAAUUGGGGGUCAAUAAAUAGAGCUUGGAGGCAUGCUCAUGUCCUUUGGAACAAUGGAUCCCAACCAGAGGCAGAGGCAGAGCGUAACACCAAGAGCUAUUUUAUUUGUGUUUUAAAAAAUCUCAUUAGGAAGUUGUCAGAGGAACUAAACGGUUGCACAAAGGCCAUUAUUGUGACAGUGUUAACACAUGUGGUAUACAGGAAAUAUAUUCAAGGCUUUUUUUUUACAAAUAUCAAUUUAAGAAAAGGCGAUUAAAACGAUUAACCUUUUUUAAUCAUUGAUUAAUUUGAGUUAAUUGCAUCAAAGCACUAAUGAUGAUUAAUCACAUUCAUAAAUAAUCAUUAUUCAUACGCAGCCAUCUGUGUUCGCACCUGUUUUUGUUUGUGUCUCAUUCAAAUGAUGGCAUUAUCAAUAUGACAAAAAUAUAGAGACAAAUAUUCAAUGUGUAUGUAUAUAUUCAAGUUAUUUUCAAAGACGGUGGGCAAUGAGUCGAUUGCAAUCUACCAGUAGAUUG